CCCUUCCUCGUAGCUGUCGUCGUGUACAGCUGUCUGAUAAUUCGCUACCAUCCUCCUCCUUUCUUCACGUUCCUUAUUUUCAUUUCUCUUUUCUCAUCCGGAACUUCUCGACCCAUGCUUGCGCUGCACGGGUGAACCCAAAGACGCCGCAUGUCUCAACAACAGCAGCUCCGCCAGCGCGGAGCCAAGGACGCCAAACGACCACUCACGCCGAGCAAGGAUCCAGCUACCGUGCUGAACGGCAAAGUUGAAGAGUCAUGGGACAGCCUCAAGGGCAAGGCCAACGAAGUGAAGAACAACGAUUGGGAUCAUGGUAUUGCAUUCACGAUCAUCACGAUCCUUGGGUUCCUCACCAGGUUCUGGGGCAUUAGCCAUCCAGAUCAAGUGGUCUUCGAUGAAGUUCACUUUGGCAAGUUCGCCAGCUACUACCUCCAACGAACCUACUUCUUCGAUGUCCACCCGCCCUUCGGCAAGCUGCUGUUCGCAUUCGCAGGCUGGCUCGUUGGCUACGAUGGCAGCUUCCUCUUUGAAAACAUUGGCGAUUCGUACAUCGACAACCAUGUUCCAUACGUCGCAUACCGAGCAAUGCCGGCAUUGAUGGGAGCACUUACGGUGUCUGUAACAUACUUGAUCAUGUGGGAAUCUGGAUACAGCCUUCCUGCUUGCAUACUGGCUGCUUCGCUCGUGCUAUUCGACAAUGCACACGUGGGACAGACGAGGCUCAUCUUGCUGGAUGCCACGCUUGUGCUGUUCAUGGCAUUGAGUGUGCUUUGCUACAUCCGCUUCUACAAGUUGCGCCAUGUGCCAUUCAGCAGGAAGUGGUGGAAGUGGCUAUUGUUGAGCGGUGUCUGCAUGAGUUGUGUGAUCAGCACCAAGUACGUCGGAGCUUUCACUUUCUUCUCGAUCGGUGUGCCGGUCCUGAUCGACCUCUGGGAUCUGCUGGACAUCAACCGCAAGAGGGGUGCGUUGACUCUGCCUGAGUUUGGCAAGCACUUCACAGCGCGUGUCAUUGGUCUGGCUGUGGUGCCAUUUCUCAUGUACUUGUUCUGGUUCCAGGUCCACUUUGCCAUCCUCUCACGUUCUGGCCCAGGCGAUGAUUUCAUGACACCCGAAUUCCAGGAGACUCUUUCGGACAACCUGAUGGCACAGAAGGCCAUUGGCAUCGACUUUUUCGAUGCCAUUUCCAUGCGUCACAAGGACACGAAGGUAUAUCUUCACUCGCACACCGAUCGCUACCCGCUGCGAUACGAGGACGGCCGUGUCUCAUCGCAAGGUCAGCAGGUCACUGGCUACCCUCACAACGAUACCAACAACCUCUGGCAAAUCAUUCCAGCCAAGCAGUUGGAAGGCCUCGGGCACCACGUCAAGAACAACGAUAUUGUGCGUUUCAGACACGUUGUCACAGACACUUGGCUGUUGACGCAUGAUGUUGCCUCCCCUUACUUCCCGACCAACCAAGAAUUCACCACUGUGCCAGUUGACCAGGCCAAUGGUGAUCGUUUCAAUGACACUUUGUUUGAAAUCAAGAUCGACAAUGGCAAGGCUGGCCAGGAAUUUAAAACGCUAUCCUCGCAAUUCAAGCUUAUCCACGUUCCCACCAAGGUGGCCAUGUGGACUCAUACGACGCCCCUUCCGGAUUGGGCUUACAAGCAAGCUGAGAUCAAUGGUAACAAGAAUGCGCUCCAAACAUCAAAUACGUGGUAUGUCGAGGACAUUCAGGGAAUUCCCGCCGACUCGCCUCGUUUGGUGAGAGAGGUCAGGAAGCCUAAGAGCAUGCCAUUCAUGAAGAAGUAUCUGGAGCUGCAGCGUGCCAUGUUCUACCAUAAUAACGCGCUCACGUCGUCCCACCCGUACGCAUCACAACCCAUCCAAUGGCCGUUCCUGCUCCGCGGAGUCAGCUUUUGGACUGAAAAUGCCACGAAACGACAGAUUUACUUCAUGGGCAACCCGAUUGGCUGGUGGUUCGCAUCUGCACUUCUGGCUGUGUUUGCCGGUAUCAUCUUCGCGGAUCAAAUGUCUGUCCGCCGUGGCGUGGAUGCACUUGACAGACGAACACGGUCUCGGCUGUACAACAGCACAGGAUUCUUCUUUCUCUUGUGGGCCGCUCACUAUCUUCCAUUCUUCAUUAUGGGUCGUCAGCUGUUCCUCCAUCACUACUUGCCAGCCCACCUGGCGUCGUGUCUUGUGGCCGGCGCUAUUGUUGAAUUCAUCUUCAACAUCGAGCCCCAAGAGAUCCAGAAUAUUGGUUCGGGCAACCCUAUUGUGGAUGGCAAGAAGGGUAGCAAAGCGCAAGCAGCACAACGAAGCAAGCCAAUUCGUGAGCGGAUUGCUGGUCAGACUCUCCUGGCUACCUGGGCAGCAAGUGGCAUUGUCGUUGCGGUGCUCAUCUGGAGUUUCUGGUUCUUCAGUCCGUUGACUUACGGCAAGCCUGGGUUGGAGGUCCCACAAGUGCUUGCGAGGAAGUGGCUCAACUACGAUUUCCACUUUGCCAAAUAGGCGAGGAGGGACGGGAUGUAACGUGUACGAUUUCACUAGGGGAGGGUCAUGACGGCGCGAUUCAGCGGGCGUUCGUUGAGGUUGGAGCAACGGAAGAUUCGAAUGUUGAGACAGCAGAGCAACGAGACAGAAAGCAUUUCGUGCAUCUCAUAGAGGCCAUAGUGUGGAAAAGCCUGAUCUUGAGCACAACACAGUUGCCGCCGCCUGACCGGAACUGGGUCCGAGUCAAGCAACACCAAGCAGGGCAGGCCGUCUCAG